AGAGGACAAAGAAAUCCCGUGGCACGCUAUAAGACCUCCUGCCUUCAUUCAUCCCGCUGCACAGCGGCAGCAGUCUUCCUCACGCCUCCUCCUCCGCCGUUUCACACUGUUACUGGAUCAGGAUGCGGGCUGUCGUGUUUUGCUGCAGCAUCUUGUCUUUGCACCUUUUCCUCUGCGUUCAUUCUCUGCCGGUUCGCGACCGGAGGACCGCCAACAGGUACAAGCAGCUAGAGGGAUGGCCUCACAGCAAUAGCAACAUUGGUCUGAAGAAGAGAGGAAGACAUGAACAAAACACGCUAAAUAAUGAGCAGCAUUUUAAGUCUUUCCCGGCAUCAAAAGAUGACACUGAGUUUUGGAAGCGUCCUCGCUGCGGAGUGCCAGACUAUCCCACCUUAACGCAGGUUGGCCUGUCAUACUACAACCUGAAGAAACUGAAAGGAGGCCUGAGUAGACAGCAGCGCAAGAAGCGGUUUGCUCUGUUUGGAGGGCGCUGGGAGAAAACCGACCUCACUUACAAGAUUGUGCGUUUCCCCUGGCAGAUGAGUGAUGGCAAAGUGCGGCAUGUCCUCCAGGAGGCGUUUGGUGUGUGGAGUGCAGUCACUCCUCUGAGGUUCAGAGAGGUCACUGCUGAGAAAGCUGACAUCAUUAUUGACUUCAACAGGUACUGGCAUGGGGACAGCUUACCAUUUGAUGGUCCUGGAGGAAUCCUCGCCCAUGCCUAUUUCCCCAGGACACACAGAGAGGGAGAAGUCCACUUUGACUAUGAUGAGCAUUGGACAGUUGGCAACAAUGUGGGCACUGAUCUCUUACAAGUGGCAGCUCAUGAGUUUGGCCAUGUCCUGGGCCUGCAGCACUCCCUGGAGCCUGAUGCUGUGAUGUGUCCUUUCUACAGUGACUCCUACCCUCUGCAACUGAGCGAGGAUGACAAAAGGGGCAUCCAGUAUCUGUAUGGUCCUCCUCGGCAUGCACCGCCCGAGAUGACAGAGACCAAUGAGAUAGACAUUGGAAUGCCGGAUGCCUGCAGAACAACCUUUGAUGCUGUGUCCAUGAUCAGGGGAGAGCUAUUCUUCUUUAAGUCCCGAUACGUUUGGCGUAUCCGUGAUGGGCAGCUACAAGCUGGCUAUCCAGCCUUGGCUUCACGACACUGGAGAGGCAUUCCCGACCGCAUCGAUGCUGCUUAUGAAGACAAGUCCGGCAACAUCUGGCUCUUCCAAGGUGACAAAUACUGGGUGUUCGAUGCUGAGAGGAAGAUUACAGGUCCAGAUUCAGUGCGGCAGCUGGGUCUCCCUGUGACAGAUAUCCAAGCAGCUUUGAAGUGGGAAGAGGACCAUGUUGAAAAAGUCUACCUCUUCAAGUCUGCUUCUUACUGGCCCUUCAAUCCUCAAGAGAAUCGAGUUGAUGAUGCCCAUCCUCGCAGCAUGCACAAAUGGGAAGGAGUGCCCAGUCAUAUUGAUGCAGCCUUUCGGGACAAAUAUGGCUACGCCAAUUUUCUGAGUGGACCGCACUAUUGGAAGUUUGACCCUGUGGCGUUGAAGGUGCUAGAAGGCUACCCCCGCAGCAUUGGCAUGGAUUUCUUUGGCUGCUCUGCCCUCCCGCGCAAAUAAGAUCCUACACACACAUCUGCUAAACUUGCUAAAAAAAAGCAGUGGGUUUAUUUUUCAGAUUAACUCCCCAUAUAGAACAUUCUGGCUAUUGUGGAAAUAUAGUUAAAGGAAAAAUGAGUAGGAUUUCCCUUUAAACAAUGUCUCCCAUGAAACAAUCAGAAAAUAAUGUUUUGUUUCUUCACUGCUUUAUUCUCACUAACUCUCUUCGUUCACUCUCUAACUCGUUUGACCACUGCUGCUCUCUCUCUCUCUCUCUGUCUCUCUGUCUCUCUCUCUCUCUCUCUCUCUCUCUCUCUCUCUCUCUCUCUCUCUCUCACACACACACACACUCAUUGAGCUGGGGAGGAGGGGCCAACUUUGAAUAGUGUGUAAAACAGCAACUGACAAAUCAAAUCCUACUCAUUCUGCCUUUAAUUAAGAUGACUCAAAACCCAUAAAUAUAACAACAAAUGCUUGCCAAAGUCAGUGCCUGCUGCAACCACAUUAUUUUUGGAAAACAAUGGAUUUGAAUUUGAAAAAUGCUUGAAUUUGUCCACAUUUAAACAGUAAUACCACAUGAGAGCUUGGACGAAAAGUAUUGCUGCACAAAGUCUGUGGGAUGCCCAAUAGUACAAUGUGAAAUGCUGUACUAGUGCAAGUACUCUUUAAAGGUUAUAUAUAUAUAUAUAUAUGAGAUUUAAAACACUAAUAUGGCACAAAACAACGAUUUGCUAUGUAAAGAUAUAGUGGAGUCAUGGUGUCCUCAGCAGAGAAUGACGAAAUGACUUUGCCUGUGUUGCUAUCAAAGCCUGUCCGUGUUUUGUUUACAAAUCUGGUCUGGCCAGGAGUGCAUAAUUAGUACAUGUGAGUCCCUAUGUGUGCAGCUGAGUAGAGCAACAGAAACUGCUGUUUUUAUCAUCUACGUUGGUGGAUUAAGGUUUUAUUUCUAACAACUAACAAAGACAGUUUUAUUUUGUUUUUGUCCACUUUACCAAAUUAAGUUACGAUGUUACACUAUUUGCAAGGUAAAAUUACCAUUUUUGUCUAUGGGGUCUGGUGGCGAGAGAUAGUGAUAGUAUGGCUGUUUCUGUUUAAACAAAUGGUUUGUCUCUGUAGAGAUCCUUUCCAUAAUGCUGACACUAGUCACUAGUUUCAAGUGUGUUUCACAGUUUAAAUUACUGGUUUUGUCAAUGACGUCUGGUGGGCCACUUGUUUUGGUCUGAGAUACUGGUGCUCUAGUGGCACGUGAAUUUUGUAUAUAUAACCUUCUUUGUCUUGAGUUAAGAAAAAACACACAAAUCUAACAACACCUUGCUUACCAGCAAAGUUGGGGCAUGUAUUAAGGUAUGCGUCAACUAGGCCAUACAACAUGUCUGACCAUGUCUAAAUGCAAACCUGAUCAUUUGUUAUUUGCUCUGAAUGACCACACCCGAAGGGAGGGCAAAAAGCCUGCCUCCUACUAUGUGCCUGUAGGUUUGAAUACUGAGAAAUGAGAUCCAUAUAUACUCCAGAAAUUUGUCAUCCUGGGAUUGUUGGCAUGUAUCUGCUUGUGUGCCCGUGUGUAAAAAAUGUAAGUGAAGAAGACCAGUGUAGACCAAGUUCCUUGUCAAAUAUAAAUAUUGCAUAUAAAUAAAACAACGUGAGAGUAACGAGGAGUCAAAUUUCUCCUCUUUUGAUGAAGGCUAUUGGCCACCUCACACCUUCCAGCCCCUGCACCUAGGUAAAGCUGAACAAACAUUGCAUAAUUUAAGCCAGUUUCUGACCAAAUUUUUGAGCCACACGACUCAUUUUUAGAGACAGACUAAAUUUCAGUAUUUCUACUGUACACAGGGGGAACAAGGACCGCUGCUCCCAAAUGAGCAAGCACUUGGCAACUGUGGCAAGGAAAAACUUCCUUUGAAGAGGCAGAAAGGUUGACCAUCUGCCCAGACCGGUUAGGGUUAGCACCUUUCAAAAGAAACCUUUUUGAAAAUUGUCAAUAGCCAAGAUGGUCCACAUUGACCGUGAGCUUUGGCUUAACAUUGCAGGCGAUUUACUCAUACAGUAAGAGGUAGAAUGAAACAACAUUUUUACAGUGUAAGCCCAGUUUAAUAGUCUGGACCAGUCUGUCCACAGAAUGCACAAACUGGUAUUAAUCCUCUCGCUAACUCAAGCAAACAAGUUGACCCCUAAAAUGUCAAAGUACAGAACAUUACAGUGAUUAGUAACUGGGAUUUUCAAAUUGUAAUUCCAGGUUCAGACAGAAUAUUUUUCUCUGUUAAAAUAGUCAUUGUGUCAGAUUAGGCCUUUAAUUCAAUUCAAUUCAAUUCAAUUUUAUUUGUAUAGCGCCAAUUCAUAACAGAAGUUAUCUCAGGACACUUUUCAAAUAGAGCAGGUCUAGACCGAACUCUUUAUAACAUUAUUUACAGAGACCCAACAGUACCACCAUGAGCAAGCACUUGGCGACAAGGGCAAGGAAAAACUGCCUGUUAAAAGGCAGAAACCUAGGACAGAUCCUUCAGCUCUUUAGAAAGUCAUACAUUUUUGCCAUGACUUGACCGGGACUUAAGCUCUGCCUUACAUAUCUACAAAUCUUGGUCUUUAUUAUUAUUUCCAAAACCAAUUUUAUUUUGGCUUUGACCACUUCCUCAGUUUCCUUUAAUUUUAGUCAUUAGGUUCUCAUGCCACCUCAACCACAGACCAUUUAACUAUCCAGAAAUGAUACAAGCACAAACCUAGAGGGGCUUACUAGGGCAGCAUGGCAAUAAUGUAAUUAUUCACAAAAGCCUUCCAGUCUAGUAUUUAGCAUGACGAUAGUUAAAUAGUUGGCACUGACUGUGGUAAAGAGUUGCGUUGCUUUUUUGAGCUGUACAUUACCAGUUUAUGUUGGUACUGAAAAUAAACUUCCGGUCAAUUUGGUCACACUGAUUUUUCCAAUUCACCGCAGUAUAUCCAGAAUGAAUGAAGCAUGCUACAUCUUUGAAUAUGUAAGGUGCUAUUUAAGGUUCUGUAGGCAAGGUAAACCAGUACCUCAUAUAUUACAUACAUUCAAACAUACAUUCAAAAGAUCUGCUCUUUUUACUAGUCAGUGUAUUCAAUAGGUGUGUUUUUAUGGAGCCAUAUACAAGUCCUUAUUAUCUGUUAAGAAGCUUUGUUUCAGUUCUCUGAUUGUUACUGUGGCGUCUUCAGAAAAGCUGAGACUGUAUCAUUCUCAGAAAAGUAUAAACAUAUUACAUUUGGCUGACAAUAUAAUGUAGCCUGAUAUUAAUCGUGUGUUUCAGUCCUACCAAGAGAAAUGAAACAGAGCUUCACCAUGUUUGACUUACUGUAUAUUUUUUUCAAUAUUAUAUUUGUGCAUUUGUAUUCAAGGUUUUGCUUUUUCUAAUCAGUGCAGGACACUGAUUAUUGCAUUGACUUGUAAAAUACACUGUGGUGUGUGUGUGUAAAAAUAGCAGUCCAGUGUAGCUUGGCCGCUGUCAGGUGUGAUUUUAAACAGUGUUAACAUAUCCUGACAACGUUUUAUCUAUUUUUAUGUACUUUCAACAUAUACUGAUCUGUUUGCCUUUUUAUUCACUUGUUUCAGUCAGAAUUUGUAUUUCAUAUGUGAAUAAAUCUGUAAAGUUUUUUACUUUAA